CCCUCUUUCCUGCUCUCUCCUUUUUUAUCAUCUCCACUUUUAAGGCUUAAGCCCAUUCCUUUCCUUUCCUUCCUAUAACCACCGAUCCGAACCUUCUCUUUCCUUCCCCCCUCUCUCUCCUUUCCCUUCUUCCUGCGUUUCGGAUUUCCAGAAUCUAUAUCUGAUCCCGGCGAGCUCGACGUCGAAGGGAGGCGCCCGCCGAGAGAUUUGCAGGGAGGAGAAGGAGUGUCCUGUAAUCUAGGGCUCAUUAAUUUAUUCGGUCGUUCCUUUUCCCGGUGAAAGCCCGUCCGUCGCUGUUUCAAAUUCUUACUCCCCUCCGGCAGCGCUCCUUUUUUUGUUUUGUUUAACCUGUCGAGGGGGAGUUUUUUGGCCUGUAUUCGAAUUCAAUUUAAAUGGCAACCAGUUUUGACCGAUGGGAGAAGGAUCCAUUCUUCCCUGCCGCUGAGGAAGUUCAGGAGUCCGCCGACAGGUAUACCCGCUUCCUGAUUCAUUUCGGUUAAUAAUUUACCUUCCUUUGGUGCUAGUUUAGCUGCUUUCUACCGUGGGCGGAUGAUUUUUUAUUUCUCCGGCGAGAUUUGGGGGUUGUUGAAACAAGUUCAUUUUAUUUUCUUCGAUUUGUCAGAAGAGAUGAUGUUCCUGCGUUAGGUAGAGAAUUCUGCAUAAGGGUUCGGGCGGGUUUGGCCCAGCAGUGUGAAAAUGAUGGUCGAUUACUCCCCAGGAAUAUUUUUGUGAUGGGGAUAGCUAAGGUCAAUUGCACAUUUGAGCUUUUGACUGUACGAUUGUCUGAGUUUUGGUUCUGUUUUUUGUUUGUUCUUGUUUGGGAAAAAAGGAUGGAAUCGACCUACAGAACAUGGCUUCAUGCCAAGAAAGACAGUUCUACUAUGUGGGACGCAGAGGAACUCCGCCGGGAUUUACAGACAACCCUAGGCACCACCAAAUGGCAGCUGGAGGAGUUUGCUAAGGCUGUGAAAUCGAGUUAUGUUAAUAGCUCCACUGAUGGUGCUAGAGAAAGACAUAGUCAAUUCAUUAUUGCGAUUGAGGACCAAAUUUCUAGAGUAGAAACGUCACUGAAGGAAUCCGCCAAUUCAGUAGGGGAUGCGCCAUUAGCUUGGGUGAGCUUGGAUGAAGGUGAGCGAAAUGAACUUGCUGCAUUUCUCUCAGGGCCACUUCCAAUAAGUGGAGAAAACAGCUCUAUGAAAAGUGAUAGGAGCGGUAAGUCUGUGGAAGAAGCAGUUCCUGAUGAUUGUUCAAAAGAGGCUAGUCAUUCGGUUGAGUGUGCUUAUCCAGAGACCAAAGAAGAGAUGUCUUAUGGGCACAGAAGGUCAGUUAGUGCAGGCGCUGAUAUGGGUGCUUGGAAGAUUCCGAUUGGUGUAGAUGGUGUCCAACAGGAUUCGUUUCGGGCAGAGUCUCAACAACCUCCAAGAAAGAUACCUAGUCUAUCAGUGAUUGUUAGUUCCUUUGAAUCUAUGCCCAAACUAAAAUGGCCAAAGAAUGGUGUUAGGAAGUGGAAGGCAAUGGAUCGUUAUGAAGAAUCUGAUUCUAUUCCUUUGCAUUCUUCACAUUUAACUAGGGGUAUUAAUUCAUGCUACGAGAAAAGCAAGAGCUGCCUGGAUGGCUGUGAUGAAUAUUACGAUAAGCCGCUUUAUGGCUGGUAUGGUGCAUUACAGAGGCAACUUCAAAGAUCUCAAUAUCAGAUGCAAUAUGGUCGACCCAUUCAAUCAGUUUUGUGGCUUUUCAUUCUCUUCUGCUUUAUUGGUUUGAUUGCAUUCUGUACACUAUAAGACCCUUAACAACAUUCUACAACAGAUGGGUGAAGAACUGGAAAAUGAGGGGGGUGUAACAGAAGGGGAGGAUUCUGAUGUGAAGACGACGGAGUCGACGGCGUCGGAUUAGAGAGGUGACUAGUUGCAGUUAUUAGCUGUAGGGUUAUCUAUCUAUCUGUGACUUGUUUGUAUCCAUGUAUGAAUAUGUCGUGUCAGACAAUCCCCAGCCUGCCAAAUUUGAUGAGGAGCUGUCGGUCUUUGUAUUGUUGUAUAAAGAAGAAACACAGGCCAGGAAAUGCAGUGGAGAAGGUUUGACUAUUUUGGCAAAGGAGAUUAUAUACUUGAAAAGUUAUAACCACCAGUUGGUGUGUGUGUUGUGUAGAUAAGCAUAUCUUUCUGUUUCUGGGUGGUUGGCUGCUAAGAAUGAGUUGAUGAGUUGGGCGACCAAAGCCAGAUAUGGUCUUAAUGUAAUGACUAAUGACCAAUAGUGGUAGCCGUUUGGCUGGUUGGGUGGUACAGCUGCUAUGCAAGAAGCAAGCUAAACGAACAUGUAUUCAUGAGUGAAUAUGGAGGGGUUGGAGAAAGGAUAUGGGACCACUAGUUGCUAUGCAAUUAACUUUGCUUACAAAUGGCUCGAUGCUUGGUUCAGAAUAAGUUGGACUCAGUAAU